AGAAAACAAAACUGCAGGUGAGUAGAAUAAGAUCCUACAGCCUCGGUUCCAUGAGCACCCGAGGCAUAUUUACACAUAGGAAAUUGCCUUUCGUACUAACAAUGACCGCAGAGAACAUGGCGGCGAGUCCUAAACUAGCAUUAAACCUGGAGACCUGGAGACUUGAGGGGCUACUAAUCUUGAGCCCGAAGCAGAGCACCCGGCAGAGGAAGCAGCUCUUGGUCUCGUCCAACGGUGGCCAUGGCUGUGCUCUCUCUCGCCGCGUGCGUCGCCUCCUUCCAUCUCCUCCUCCUCUUCUCUUCGUCUUCCUCUCUCCGGGUAGCCCCCGAAGCGGCGGAGAGCUCGGGAUCGGCGCGCCAUGGCCGGACCGCCUACCACUUCCAGCCCGCCAAGAACUGGCAGAACGAUCCGAAUGGGCCAAUGUACCACAACGGCGUGUACCACUUGUUCUACCAGUACAACCCGCACGGCGCCACCUGGGGCGUCGGCAACCUCUCCUGGGGCCACUCCGUCUCCGGCGACCUCGUGAACUGGGCCGCCCUCGACGCCGCGCUCGAGCCGACCUCGCCGUUCGACGCCAACGGCUGCUGGUCCGGCUCCGCCACCAUCCUCCCCGGCGGCGUCCCGGCCAUCCUAUACACCGGCAUCCGCGCCGACGGCGAGCAGGUCCAGAACGUGGCCUUCCCCAAGAACGCGUCCGACCCGCUCCUCCGCGAGUGGGUGAAGCCGAGCUACAACCCCGUCAUCCCGCUCCCCGCUGACGUCCCUGCGGAUUUCUUCCGCGACCCUUCCACGGCGUGGCUCGGCCGCGACGGUCUGUGGCGCCUCGCCGUCUCGGCCAAGGUCGGCAACGCCGUGGGGUCUACGCUCAUCUACCGAAGCAAGGACUUCCGGCUGUGGGAGCGGAAUGCCGCGCCGCUGCAAGAGUCACGCGCCGCCGGCAUGGUGGAGUGCCCGGACCUGUUCCCCGUGGCGGAGCCCGGCGCGGAGGAGGGGCUCGACCACGCGCCGAGGACCGGCACCGGGGUGAAGCACGUGCUGAAGCUGAGCGCGACGGACACGACGUUCCAGGACUACUACGCGGUCGGGCGUUACAACGACACGACGGACACCUUUGUACCGGAAGACGACGGCGACGACUGCCAGAGCUGGCGCCGCCUCGACUACGGCCACAUCUACGCGUCCAAGUCCUUCUUCGACGCGCGCAAGAACCGGCGCGUGCUCUGGUCAUGGGCCAACGAGACCGACAGCCAGGCCGACGACGUCGCCAAGGGUUGGUCCGGCGUCCAGAUCUUCCCACGGAAAGUUUGGCUGGACAACGACGGGAAGCAGCUGAGGCAAUGGCCAAUCGAGGAGAUCGAGACGCUGAGGAGCAGAAAGGCCGGGCUGCUGGGAACGGUGGUGAACUCCGGCGGCGUGAACGAGAUCGUCGGCAUCGCGGGCACGCAGGCGGACGUGGAGGUGAUCUUCGAGAUCCCGGCCCUGGAGGGCGCCGAGAGGUUCGAGCCCAACUGGCUGCUGGAUCCGCAGAGGCUGUGCGGGGAGAAGGGCGCGUCCGUGCAGGGCGGGGUCGGCCCGUUCGGGCUGCUCCUCAUGGCCUCCGGCGACAUGCAGGAGCACACCGCCGUCUUCUUCAGGGUGUUCAGGCACCAUGACAAGUACAAGGUCCUCAUGUGCACCGACCUGAGCAGGUCGACUACGAGAGCCGGGGUGUACAAGCCGCCGUACGGGGCUUUCGUGGAGAUGGACAUCGAGGAGCACGGGAGAAUCAUAUCACUCAGAACACUGGUCGACCACUCCGUGGUGGAGAGCUUCGGCGGUGGAGGCCGGACGUGCAUCACGGCGAGGGUGUACCCGGAGCACGCCGAGAACGGCGACAGCCACCUGUACGUGUUCAACAACGGGACAGGUGCGGUGAAAGUGGCCAAGCUCGACGCGUACGAGCUGGCGACGGCGACCGUGAACGUUGGGGACGACGGGUUGAUUCAGCCGAGCUCCAUGCGCAGAGGCGAAGCGUAGUAGGUGGGGAGCUGCCCGGUCAAACGACGGGUUAAUUCGUGUCUUGGCAUGUGUUUUCUUUUCUCUCAUGUCAAAUUUCGGCAGGCUUAGAGCAUCUACCGGCGGCCUCAAACCGGUCUUAAACUUUGGAAGGGCUGCCCGGUCACUCAUUGGUAAC